GCCACUUGCUGGUCUUUGAAUUUGAUAAUUGGCCUUCCAGAGCUGAGGAAUACUUAACAGCAAGAGAAGUCAAGGAGGAAAAUGCAAGUUUCACAAUUCAAACAAUGCUAAAACAUGUUCUCCUUUCACCUUAUGGAAACAGGACUGUGGAGCAAGCUGCAGGUGCUUUUUGGUUGGGUUAUUCACAAGAUGUGUCACAAAGUAAUAUGACUUUUAAACUCUUCUGACUGUUUAAAGCCAGCAAGGAGCAGCAAAAUUAAAGCAAGAAAUUAAUUUAAGGAAUUUGAGGACUUUCAAAGAAGAAAGCUGUUUUCCGAGAAGAGUAAAACAGGACGAUGGCAUCUGGAGAGUGCCUUCUGCUAGACCUAGAAACAGAUAACUUCAUUUUCUAUAAUAUCUCUGUCAACCAGAGUGCAAACUUUUCACUCCUGGGGGAAGACUGGUUUUACCCAGCGUUCCUCUAUGCCAUCCCCACUAUCUAUGGGAUCAUCAUUCUGAUAGGCCUUAUUGGCAAUAUCACUUUGAUUAAGAUAUUCUGUACUGUGAAAUCCAUGAGAAAUGUCCCUAAUUUGUUCAUUUCCAGUUUGGCUCUGGGAGACCUGCUGCUUUUAGUGACUUGUGUGCCUGUGGAUGCCAGCAGGUACCUUGCUGAUGAGUGGCUGUUUGGCAGAACUGGAUGCAAACUUAUCCCCUUCAUACAGCUCACCUCUGUAGGGGUGUCAGUCUUUACUCUCACUGCUCUCUCAGCUGACAGGUAUAAAGCUAUAGUAAGGCCAAUGGAGAUCCAAGCAUCACAUGCACUGAUGAAGAUUUGUGUGAGAGCUGCUAUAAUCUGGAUUGUAUCCAUGUUGCUUGCCAUCCCUGAAGCAGUAUUUUCAGAUCUGCACCCUUUCCAUGACAAAGGGACUAAUAAAACCUUUAUCAGCUGUGCUCCUUACCCUCAUUCAGAUGGGCUGCAUCCCAAAAUCCAUUCAAUGGCAUCAUUUCUCAUAUUUUAUAUUAUUCCCCUGUCUGUAAUUUCAGUGUAUUAUUACUUUAUUGCUAAGAAUUUGAUCCGGAGUGCUUACAACAUCCCCGUGGAAGGAAAUGUGCAUGUGAGAAAACAGAUUGAGUCCCGUAAGCGCCUGGCCAGGACCGUGCUGGUCUUCGUGUGCCUCUUUGCCUUCUGCUGGCUGCCCACUCACAUCAUCUACUUGUACCGGUCCUACCACUACUCCGAGGUGGACACCUCAGUGCUGCAUUUCAUCGCCAGCAUCUGUGCUCGGAUCCUGGCCUUCACUAACUCUUGUGUCAACCCCUUUGCUCUCUACUUGCUCAGCAAGAGCUUUCGGAAGCAGUUCAACAACCAGCUGCCGUGCUGCAGAGCUCGCCUCCUCAUCCGCUCCCACAGCAUGGCCAGGAGCACCACACGAAUGACCUCCCUCAAGAGCACCAACCACUCCCUGGCCACCUUCAGCCUGAUCAAUGGCAACCACAUCUGCCACGAAGGCUGUGUCUAAAGGGCGCGGCCAGGGACAUGGGUUGUGAGCGUGGCUGCUGG